UCUGUACUUCCGAUCCCGCUUGCAGCCGUUUCUGUUGUGGCGAUCGCUGGAGAACACACUCCCGAUACCCUCUUUCCUUUAGGGAAGCAAAAGACUUGACUUGUGUGCCGUCUCUUAACCCAGCUGACAGGUACACUUGGGUACUAAGCUGGGGGUAGGAGGGUUGUCUGGUGGGUUUUGAAAGCCUCUAUGGAUUCCCAGUCUCUGCCCCGAUCUCCUGGCCCGUGGCCUCCCGGAGUAGGACACUAAGCAGCCAGACCCUCCGGGGUAUCCAGAGUCACUGCUCCCCACUUUCUCAGAUUUGGUGCAUACGCUCUUCCGAGACUGCAGGAGGAGGCGGGCCCCUUAAGGUGCUUGUCGCACACUCCAGACAUCUCUCUGCAACUUGAGAAGAACUGAGGAUCCCAGACCUGAACCAGUAAAAGACUCAUCUGAACAAUGUUCUCCCAGCUGGGCUCUCAGGAGGAUGAGAACAAGGCAAUCCUUAGUCCUGUUCCAGGUAUUGGCAGCAAGGCCUCCAACUACUCCAGCACCAGUGGCAGCAAGUCUUUCUGUUCCUGUGUGCCUUAUGAAGGAAUUGCUGGUGCCAGUUUUGUGACUUGCCCCACUUGCCAAGGCAGUGGAGAGAUCCCUCAAGAACUAGAGAAGCAGCUGGUGGCCCUUAUCCCCUAUGGGGACCAGAGACUGAAGCCCAGGCAUACCUUGGCACAACACAAGCUGAUUGGUUACAGAGUCCACCAAGGGGCCGACAGCAUCAAAAGGAAGCUCUCUGUGUUCCUGGCAGUGCUCCUCUGCCUGUUGACCUCCUCCCUCAUCGUCUUUUUCCUGUUUCCUCGAUCCGUCGUUGUGCAGCCUGCUGGCCUCAACUCCUCCAUAGUGACCUUUGAUGAGGCUGAUAUCCACCUCAACAUAACGAAUAUCUUGAACAUCUCCAAUAGCAACUACUAUCCCAUCACAGUGACCCAGCUGACCAUCGAGGUUCUGCACCUGUCGCUUGUGGUGGGGCAGGUCUCUGACCACCUCCUCCUGCAUGUCCACCCACUGGCCAGUGAACAGAUGUUUUAUGCAGUAAGCAACAGAAUCUGGGAUGAAAACACAUACAAAAUAUGUACCUGGCUGAAAACCAAAGUCCACCAUGUUCUUUUGCAUAUCCAGGGCACCCUGACCUGUUCGUACCUGAGUCAUUCAGAACAGCUGGUCUUCCAAAGCUAUGAAUAUGUGGACUGCCGGGGAAACAUGUCGGUGCCUCACUUGCUGAUCUCUCACCCACCGUGACCUGUCUGUUGUUCCGGAACUACAGACACCUGCCUGCAUGGUCCAUGUCUCCUACAGCUCUGUACUGCCAAAGGAAAACCCCUUAGACCCCUACACACAUCAUCUUCCCUCAGAACGGAAAGUUUUCUGUAGCAUUUCACUUUACACACAUGCUCCUUCACUCAGUCAGAUACACACAUGCACCCUGAGAUCCUCUGAUUUUUUUUCUCCACCACCCCAACUAUCCAGCAUCCCCCCAAAACCUGAUUUUUACUCACCUGCAGGGGGGAAGCUUUGCAAGUGAAGCAGGGCUGCAGGUGUCUUUUCUUCCCUCUCUACCUUCCCCUUCUCUCUCAGUUUCUGCCUAUCUCUAUCAAUCAAUAAAAAUAAAAACCUGAUUUUUAUAAGAGACCAGCAUCAGAUCUUCCCCUUGGUCUAUCAUGAGGAAUUGUGGCCUUCCAUUUCCUUGGGGCUGCCUUCAAGUCCCUGGAGUGGCACCUGCCCCCAUCUGUCCUGAGCACUUUAAUUACUCAGCUCCUCCAGGGCUGGCAUUCUCCUGCCUGCAUAUGGAGAAAGCUCUAUUUUUAUCUGACUUUGAAAACAUAGACCCUUUUCAAGUUCACCCUGCAAUGAGAAACUGACUUGGAGGUCUUCUAGUGCUGUUUCUAGGGCCUCUUAGAGGAGUCCAUAGACUUCUCCUGGUAGUGUGUGUGUAUGUGUGUCCAUCUGACAGCAAGAUUGGCCAAGCUCCGUUAAUUAUCCUGGUUCCUAGAAAGACUACUGUCCUCACAGCAAAAGCCAAAGUAUUACAGGAGUAGAGGGGUACCCAUCACCCCACACUUACACAAGAAAAACAAAGCCAGAGUCAUUUAUAAAGGUAUUUAUUAAAAGAGGUCAUUGUGGUUGUGGUGAGCCCACAGUCCUAUGCCGAGUAGACCCAAAUAAGUCAGUUGGUGGGCCCAGCUAUUCUCCUGAAACCCUGUAAAGGUGAAGCCAAACUGCUGCAUUCUGCUGCACCCCUGUCUUAGCACCAGGUUUCACCCUCUGUUCUCAUAGGCCUCUGCCCUCCAACGGGUAAUAUGAAGCAGCACGUCAUAGCAAUUGAUCAAGAUCUCUUGCGAUCACUCUGGUGAAGCUAAAUCCCAGAUAGCCCCCAUAUUCCUACUAGGCUCCAAAUAAGAGGGGGUUUUUUGUUCUUUUUUUUUUUUUUUUUUUUUUUUUUUUUUUUGCUGAACAUUAAUGUUAUUUGCCCACUAAAAAUGACAAGCAGAGGGGGUGGAAGGUGUCUGCUCACUGGUGGUGCAGGAAUCUUUAGUACAUGUGCUGGGCUACCUAGUCGUCAGGGAGGCAGAUUUGCCAGAGGAGAAGCAGUUUCUGAGACGGCAUCGUAAAGAGAAGAAGGAGCUACAAGCCAAAAUUCAGGGUAUGAAGAGUGCUGUUCCCAAGAACGAUAAAAAGAGGAGAAGGCAACUCACGGAAGACCUUGCUAAGUUGGAAGCAGACAUGGAGGAAAAGCACAGAGAGGAAGUGGAGCAAUUGAAGCUGACAUCUAAAGAGAGUAAGACAGAUUCUGUUGCUGUUAACAUUUCAAAUUUGGUUCUUGAGAAUCAUGCUCCUCGGAUAUCUAAGGCUCAGAAGAGACGGG